CAAAACAAUGGAGAUAUUUUCUUUUUUUUGUCUUUUAUAGGUUGUAAAAAAUAUCGUUUGCUCAGCAGAGGUGUUUUUCAAAAUGAUGCGGGCUUGGAAAGGCGUCAGACAUCUACAGUCCAGUGCAAUGAAACAAGCAGUUUCAGAGCUCUCCCUCCCGGUCCCAUGGGGAGAGAUCAGAGGUAAAGUCUGGGGUCCUGAUCACGGUCGUCCUGUACUGUGCCUGCAUGGCUGGGCGGACAACUGCGGCACAUUCAACACCCUCAUUCCCCUCCUACCUAAAGAGUGCAAAUACGUGGCGGUGGACCUGGCAGGUCACGGUUUGUCGUCACAUCGUCCUGCCGGAGUUUUCUACAAUUUCCCUGCGUAUUUGAUGGACGUGCGCAGGGUCGUUGAAGCUCUGCAGUGGAGCAAAUUCUCCAUCAUAGGCCACAGCAUGGGUGGCAACAUUGCUGGAAUGUUCAGUUCACUGUAUCCUGACAUGGUGGAUGCUGUCGUACUGCUAGACUCAUACGGAUUCUUACCCACAGAUCCGAAAGAAAUGAUUAAAGUGAUGAGGCAGGGGAUCGAUCAGAUGAUUCAGUUUGAACAAAAGAUGGGAGAGAAGAAGACAAGAGUUUACACUUAUGAAAAAGCAGUAGAGAGGCUGUUGGCUGCAAACCCGACUCUGUCUGAGAGCUCUGUGCGCAUCCUUUUAGAGCGAGGUGUAGUUGAAGUUGAAGGAGGUGUGGCAUUCACCCGAGACUUUCGUAUUAAUCUGAAAAAUAUAUCGCGCAUCAGUUUGGAGCAGGCUCUGGAAGUGCAGUCAGCUAUACAAGCCUCCAUUCUAGUUAUCCUAGCAGAGGACGGCUUUGAGAAAAUAUUUGCGGAACCAGAGCAAAAGAAAUUUAUAUCAGCACUUCUCCAGGCCUAUAGGGACAGAAAUGACUUGGUGAGGACGGUACCAGGCGACCAUCACGUCCAUCUGAAUAACCCUGAAGUUGUUGCUUCACAUGUGUCUGACUUCCUGCAGAACAAAGUGUUGACGCAGUCAGCCAAACUAACAGAAAAACAGGCCUCAACGUCAUAGCAAAUACACACAACCAGACACACAUCAGUUUUGCCUUUAAACAUAUUUUUAUGCUGAUCAAAAUAUUUCUUAAAAAUGUGUUUUCAUACUGCACAGUUUACACUGUAAGCUAACAUCAACUCAUGUUAGUUUUAAUGGACUCCUAAGUUAUUUUAUGCAUGUUAACAGAUAUUGAUGUGUAUGUUUUGUUGAGUUUCAGUGCCAUUGUGGGGAAUAUAAUCCAUGUUUCACUCCAAGCUGCUUCUCUUCAACUCCAGAUGGUCUGUCAGAUGUUGGAUGAGAGGAGGAGAAAAAGCAGCCAAAAAACAAUAACAAGCAAAUCAUGGUUUUUGGCAAACAUUUGUAUUUUUUGCCUUUUGAUCAAGUGAACAGAUAGCGUUCACAAUUAGGUUCACUCGAUUCAGUGAAGUCAUAUGAAGUCUGUGUUAGUCAGAUGUUGUCCUGACAGAAGUCAACACCUGGCUUUUAUGGGGUGUUUCGUGUGUAACACAGGAAGUGUUGAGACAGUUUGACAGUAACUGUGAAAAAGUAACACUUGGAAACAAUGUUUGGCUGAUGAUGGAAUUUUACACUAAAGGAAUCCCUAAAACACAGCUGGACUCAUGAUGGACAGUUUAAAGAAAAACCAGAAGGAUCAAAAUCAUUGCAGCUGAACCAGAGAGAUCAUCUUUUAUGUUCCAUACGUCCUCUUCCUUGUCAAAACCCGGCGCCUUGAUCACCCACAAUGCAACACAACCACAGACGGUGCUUUUAUUUAAAAGCUAACAUGACCAGUCAGCCAGCAGGACACUGCCAUAGAGGGAAUGUGGUCAGUAACACAUAAGGUGUCCUGUCAUGAACUGUAGGCGCACAUUAAAAUGUUAGAUUAAACGUUA